AGACCGGCUCCGCGCGGCUCCGCUGCGGCGCCGCUGCCGGCCGUGAACACGUGGGGCGGGAGGGACCGUUCUCCCCCCCACGCCCGCGCGCCGCCGGUCAUGAGCGCGCAGGGCCCCGCGUGCGCCGUGCGGGAGCCGGCAGCGCCGCCGGUGCGCUCCCUCCUCCGCCACGUGCAGCUGGAGAGCCUGGCGGCGGGGCUGAGCGGCGGCGUCAUCUCCACUCUGGCACUGCACCCGCUCGACCUGGUCAAGAUCCGCUUCGCAGUAAGUGAUGGAUUGGAGCUGAGACCAAAAUACAAUGGGAUUCUCCACUGUAUGACCACUGUCUGGAAGCAUGAAGGUCUACGAGGCUUAUAUCAAGGGGUAACUCCAAACAUGUUUGGAGCAGGGGCUUCCUGGGGACUUUACUUUUUCUUUUACAAUGCCAUCAAAGCUUACAAGAAGGAAGGGAAGCUGGAAAGUCUCAGUGCAACUGAACACCUAGUGUCAGCGGCAGAGGCUGGAGCCAUGACUCUCUGUAUUACAAACCCAAUAUGGGUAACGAAGACCCGACUUGUGCUACAAUAUAACGCUGGUGUUGAUCCAUCAAAGAGGCAGUACAGAGGAAUGUUUGAUGCUCUUAUAAAGAUAUACAAGACAGAGGGCAUACGUGGCUUAUAUAAGGGAUUUGUGCCUGGUCUGUUUGGAACUUCACAUGGAGCACUUCAGUUCAUGGCAUAUGAGGAUUUGAAACUGAGAUAUAACAAGUAUAGAGACAGAGUAUCAGACACAAAAUUGAACACUGUGGAAUACAUAAUGAUGGCAGCUAUAUCCAAAAUAUUCGCUGUGUCAGCAACAUAUCCCUAUCAAGUUGUGCGAGCUCGUCUUCAAGAUCAGCAUAAUACGUAUUCUGGCGUGUUUGAUGUGAUCAGCAGGACGUGGAGGAAAGAAGGAAUUCACGGCUUUUACAAAGGAAUCAUCCCCAAUGUGAUCAGAGUGACUCCUGCCUGCUGUAUCACCUUUGUUGUUUAUGAAAAUGUGUCUCGUUUUUUACUUGGUUUUAGAAAAGAAAAUAAUUAAAGGUACGAGCUUGUGUUCAUAAGGAAUUUAUCCUUUUUUAUAUUUACAAUCUGGGAGAGAUUUAGUUCAGCAUUCUUUUUUGACACUGUGAAUUGAUCUAGUAUUUUGAGGAAAGAACCUGGAGAUAGUAAAACCCUGCCAACAUCUCUUCUGCUGAAUGUUCCUGUGUAGCUGCCAUCCUUUCUGAAUUAGCUGUGUCUAUUUGAAACAGAUGUGUCUGCAACUGUGAAAUAAGAGCACUGUGACUGGGUGAAGGGAGCUGUGCAGCAAUUCAGUUCAUCCUGGAAUAACAGACUAAUCUAUUUUGACAAGUCUCAAGAUAACAGUUGGACAGAUUCUACUCCAACAGAAGUGGAAAACCUCAUAUAUAAGCAACCCUGGGGUCUGUCAAAACUUUCUUGCAUCUUUACCCCAAGUCUUAUGAAGAAAGUAUGUAUGUGGUUGUUCACAGCAGUGUCUUCUGAACCCACCUCUGUGUUAUGUGUCAAAUGUUAGGAUAUGGAAUGCUCCAAAUUCCAUUGCUCAUCCAACACAAGAAUGCUGCCUCAGUGGGGUGCAGUUUGGAAACUCAGAUUGCUUUGUAAAACAUCUGUCCAUCUUGGGUCUGAAUAAUUGCCAGUCUGAUGAAACCAGUUCUUGUCUCAUACCAGGACAGACUUGCAUCAUGGGUUUUGGCUUGCUUUGAGAGCAAGUGGCUGUCAUGGCUAGAUUUGGGUUUUAUUAUAAAAGUUUCCCUGUGUAUUUAGUUCGAGAUUAAAUUUACUGGAAGUUUACCAUGCAAAUAUAGCUCCGUAGCAGCUAUUACCUUCUUUUGCCUUUGGCGGGUGUUUACUUGGUUUUGUGCAUUUUGUACUGUGCAGAAUUAAUUUAAUAUAACACUGACUUAACUCUGCCACCCAGGGUCCAGAAAAUAUUGUGAAAAUGUAUGAAUAAAUCAAAAGAGAAGAGUAGAAGUUGUGAGCUUACCAACCUGGGUUAGUGUACUCUAGGCCCAGAACAACUUAACUCGUGCUCCAGGAUAACUGCAAAGACAGGCUACAAGCAUGUAUACAAUCAGUUACUGUAUGUUAACUGACAUUCUGUAAAUUCACACCAUAGCUUAGCUCAUAGUAACUUGUUUGUAUUCAGAUACCUUAAAACCCAUCGUCCAAGCCAAUGAAAACAGCGCAGUUCUUCAGAGACAAAAUACCAGCUGUAUAAUUUGCUGGCUUGCAGCAGUUAUCACACAUAAGUUUGCAGCUGGGAGAGCCUGAAUGCUUUCCUAGUUGCAAGUGUGUUCCUCUAGCAUUCUUAACAGAAGGUGCAGACAAGAGCUACCAAUUUGAGAGAUGCCUUUUUUUUGGGGGGGGAAAAAAAAAAAUCUUAUAACCUGUUCAGAGAAAAAAAGCCAAUAUUUAAUCCUAAAUAGCUGAAAUAAAUUCCGCGUCUCAGAUAGAAUGUUUUUUCCUUUUAAUUUGUGGGAAGAGUAUAGAUUUCUGCAUGUUGUGCAUGCUUUUUCUUGAGUCUUUUAUUUCACUAAUGUAAAAUGGAAUUUGUAAUGUAAACGUGACUAUUGUUUCCCUUUAGAAUCUGUACAUUUUUUAAAUAUAUUUGAGUAUGUCACUCAUUGCUUUUGGAAGAAAAUAUGUAAAAGACUGAAGCUAAUGCUGUGCUAGCAUGAUCAGUGCUGUCACUUGUCCAUUCCAGAGGCUGCAGUCAAAUACCUGUGAUACAGUUAUUUCACUUCACGAGGACACUUUUUGAAAGCUAAGGCAUUUAACCUGCCUUAUUUCUAUAUAUUCCAAACUAUUUAAUACCUCUAGCUUUUAGUUAACACCAAAGUGAUUGUAUAUAUCUGAAAGGCUAAAUCCAGGAGCAUUAUUUUAUUGGAGAAAUGAAAUUACAUUUUAUAACUGAAAAAUUACUUAGAAGCUGCAUGCUAAGAGAAUAGAUUUUUAUAUUGAAAUCCAGUCUGCUGAGGAGCAAAAGAGGGAUGGAAAGCUUAGGUAGUCUAUUUUUACUUAGUUAUUUAGAACAAUGUAUUUAAUGCUUACCACAUCAUCUAGGUCACAGUUAAGUCACCAAGAGUUUGUUGAGAGACAUAAGGCUGUAACAGCAGAGCAUCCUAUUCUAUAGUCACGUUCACAGGAGUAGAUGUUACAUGUGUCUUCUGAAGGCUGAAGCCAAGACUUGAGUUUACUUUCUUAGAACUUUCUAUGAAAUCUUAAAAAAUGUGUAUCAUAACACCAUGUAAAAUAACUUGCACAGUUUGAUGAUCAUUAAAAUAGCCUGGAAUUU